CCUCUAACCUGUGCUUCAGCAACGCUCAGUUUGUCACAUUAAAAAAGAGAAACUAUCGGAAGACAGUGGGAGAAAUUACUGAACGGACAUGAAUUCCUGGAUAUGCAGUUAACUGCAAGCUGUGUCCAGCUGUGUGAAUAAAGAGUUACAGAUAUAGGAUGGAGAAGAGUGGAGGAGAAAAGAGGAAGCGUGCAGAGUCUCCAGCCUCCAGUGAAUGGUCCAUGGAUUCUUCUCCAGAGUUCAGUGGUGGAGGAGGAAGCUCUGGGAAAGAAACAUUGAAAUCAGGAUCCACAGCCCCCAGCUGUGUGUCUAUGAAGAGUGACUGGUCCAUAAAUUCACCUCCAAACUUCAGCAGUGAAUCUGGAAACUUUAAUCCGCAGAUAAAGAAACUAAAAUCAGAAUCUCCAACGGCCAGCUGUGUGUCUAUGAAGAGUGACUGGUCCAUAAAUUCACCUCCAAACUUCAACAGUGAAUCUGUAAGCUCUGACACAAAAAAGAAGACAAACAUUUGCAGGAAAAUGCUGGACAUCAUAUUCAUGGAGCUGCAGCAUAAAUGUUACUCUCUAGUGAAUAAUGGGCUGAACACAUUUAAGAACAUCCUGACUACAGAUUUACCAGCAUGCUCUGAGAGCGAGGUGAAGGAUGGGGAUGAUCAGAGGGAACUUUUGUUGAAGAUCACACUGCUCAUCCUGAGAAACAUGAAGGAGACAGACCUGGCUAACACACUAGAGAGCAAAUUGGCCCCAGCUUGUCAUCAAAAGCUCAAAUCCAAACUGAGGGAUAAAUAUCAGAGAAUUAAUGAAGGAAUUUUAGGCCAUGAAAAGUCAGCACUUUUGAAUGACAUCUACACUGAGCUCUACAUCACAGAGGGAGGGAGUGGAGAGGUCAAUCAGGAACAUGAGGUGAAGCAGAUUGAAGCUGCAUCUAGAAAAAGCUCAACACAGGAAACACCAAUCAAAUGUAACGACAUCUUUAAACCCUUACCAGAACAGAAACGUCCCAUCAGAACUGUACUGACUAAAGGAGUUGCUGGAAUUGGAAAAACAGUCUCUGUGCAGAAGUUCAUUCUAGACUGGUCUGAAGGAGAAGUAAAUCAGGAUGUUCUCUUCAUAUUUCCACUUCCUUUUAGAGAGCUGAAUCUGAUGAAGGAGAAGCAGCUCAGUCUGGUGAAUCUUCUUCAGCGCUUCUUCCCAGAAACACAAGAUUUAAAACCAAGACAUUAUAAGAGCUACAAGAUCAUGUUCAUUUUUGAUGGUCUGGAUGAGUGUCGACUGCCUCUGGAUUUCCAGAACAAUGAGAACUUGGUAGAUUUAGAAGAGCCAACCUCAGUGGAUGUUCUGCUGACGAACCUCAUCAAGGGGAAUCUGCUUCCCUCUGCUCUCCUCUGGAUCACCUCUCGACCAGCAGCAGUCAGUCAGAUCCCUCCUGAGUGUGUUGACCAGGUAACAGAAGUGCGGGGUUUCAGUGACCCUCAGAAACAGGAGUACUUCAUGAAGAGGAUCAGGAAUCAGGACCUGGCCAACAAAGUCUUCGCACACAUCAGGUCUUCAAGAAGCCUCUGCAUCAUGUGCCACAUACCAGUCUUCUGCUGGAUUACAGCCACUGUUCUAGAGAAGAUGCUGAGUGAAGCUGAGGGUGGAGAAAUUCCCAAAACCCUGACGCAGAUGUUCACACACUUCCUGAUCUUUCAGAUCAAACACAAGAGCCAGAAGUACAGUGGGAAAAGUGACACUGAUCCUCAGCAGACUAGAGAAAGUGUCCUGGCUCUGGGGAAACUGGCAUUCCAGCAGCUGAAGAAAGGAAACCUGAUUUUCUAUGAGGAAGAUCUAAUAGAAAGUGGCAUUGAUAUUAGAGAUGUGUCAGUGUACUCAGGAGUUUGCACCCAGAUCUUUAGAGAGGAACAUGAUCUGAACCUGGGGAAAGUCUUUAGCUUUGUACAUCUGAGCGUUCAGGAGUUUCUUGCUGCUUUAUAUGCAUUUCUCUGCUUCAUUGAAAGAAAUGUGCAAAUCACUAAGCAGAAAACCAGUGAAGUGUCCAAGUUUUCACUCAGGCCAACUAUGACUGACCUCCUCAACAGUGCCGUGGAUAAAGCCUUACAGAGUGAGAGUGGACACCUGGACCUGUUUAUUCGUUUCCUUCUGGGUCUCUCAUUGGAGUCUAAUCAGACUCUCUUGCGAGGCAUACUGACACAGAAAGAGAGGAUCUCUUACAGCAAUGCAGAAACAGUCAAAUACAUCAAGAAGAAGAUUGAGGAGAAUUCUGCUCCAGAAAAAUCCAUCAAUCUGUUCCACUGUCUGAAUGAACUGGGCGAUCACUCUCUAGUGCAGGAAGUGCAGAAAUACCUGAGCAGAGGUGAUGACCGUCAUCUUCAUCAGGCCAGACUCCAUCCUUCUCAGUGGUCGGCUCUGGCAUUUCUGUUGGUGAAUUCAGAAGAAGAGCUGGAUGAGUUUAAUCUCUGGAAAUAUCACCCAUCAGAGAUGUGCCUUCUGAGGAUGCUGCCAGUCAUCAAAAUAUCCAGAAGAGCGAUACUCUCUUCAUGUAAUCUUCGAGGACAUAUAUCUAAAAGUCUGGGAUCAGUUUUAAAACAGAAAAACUGUCUGAUAGAGCUGGACCUCAGUAAAAAUGACCUGCAGGAUUCAGGAGUGGAGCUGCUCUUUGAUGGACUGACGAGUUCACACUGUAAACUGCAGAUUCUCAGACUUUCUUCAUGUAAUCUCGGAGGACAGAUGUGUAAAAGUCUGGGAUCAGUUUUAAAACUGAAAAACUAUCUGAUUGAGCUGGACCUUAGUAACAAUGACCUGCAGGAUUCAGGAGUGGAGCUGCUGUCUGCUGGACUGAAGAGUUCACACUGUAAACUGCAGAUUCUAAGACUAGCUUUGUGCAAUCUUGGUGAAAAGAUGUGCAAAACUCUGGCAUCAGUUUUAAAAUGGGAAAACUCCUCCCUGGUAGAGCUGGACCUCAGUAACAAUGACCUACAGGAUUUGGGAGUAGAGCAUCUCUCUACUGGACUAAAGAGUUCACACUGUAAACUGGAGAAACUCAGAUUGUCUGGUUGCAUGGUCACAGAGAAAGGCUGUUCUUCUCUAGCAUCAGCUCUGAAGCUCCCUAAAAGUCACCUGAAAGAACUGAAUCUUACCUACAACCACCCAGGAAAUUCAAGAGAGAAACUGGAUUGUUCAAACUACAAACUCUGCAUGGAAUACGGUGGGAAGAUCAGACUGAAGCCUGGACUAAAGAAAUAUGCCUGUCAUCUCUCACUGGACCCAGACACGGCACACCCAUGGCUAUCUCUGAGUGAGGGGGACAGGAAGGUGUUGUUUUUGAGAGAAAGACAGUCAUGUCCUGAUAAUCCAGAGAGGUUUAAUAUUCAUGCACAGGUGAUGUGUAGGGAGAGAUUGUCUGGACGAUGCUACUGGGAGGCUGAUUGGAGAGUGUGGGUUGCUAUAUCUGUAACAUAUGAAGGAAUACUGAGGAAAGGAAAAACUGAGUAUUUUGGGUCUAAUGAGAAGUCCUGGACUCUUAUCUGCACUGAUCACAGAUGCAUUGCCAGACACAUUACAGACACAGAGAUCCGUCCUCUUCCCUCUAAAAGAAUAGGAGUGUAUUUGGACCAUGAGGCUGGAAUUCUUUCCUUCUACAGCGUCUCCUCACGCACUCUCAGACACUUACACACAUUCCACACCACAUUCACUGAACCCGUCUACGCAGGGUUUGGGUUUCUUGAAUGGGAUGUUGACUGUUCUGCUCGUUUCUGUGAGAAAGAAUAGAACCAAAGACUGUGUUGGAGGAGGUAUGUGCUAGUCUUCACCCUUACAGUUUUGGGGGCAUAGAAGGUGAUAGAGGGAGUUCUGGAAGCGUUUUCAUACCUGUAGUUGGUCUGAAUCAGUUGAUGCGUUUGUUUACUUGGAGUGUUUCUCCCUCAGUUUUAUUUGUUUUCACACAGACAUAAACGUACACGCAGCAAAAUGCUUCCCAACAAACCAUGUGAACAUAUUCUCUCCUCUGAUUGGUCAGAGCCGUGUGAGCUGUACAUUAAAACACAGUGUUUUCAAUGGGUUAUCCACACAGUUGCGAUAAAUUUGCGUAGAUAUAAGCAGUGGACGCUGCACAUAUGAUGUUCUGUGUGAAAACUGAGAGCUUAACAUGGAGCAGCAGAGAUAAGCAUGAGAAGAUACCUUAAGUAAUUAUUUUCUUGGUAAUAAAUCAGUUUAACUGUAUCUGAAUGGCUGUUUAUCUCAAGUAUGAGGACAAUAUUUAAUAGUUGGGUCGGAUUGAGAGGGGAUCACAUUCUCAAACAGAACCGGACUGAUACCAUCUCCUCUCACGGGUCACAGUGUGGAUAUUUUGCUCCAAACCCAAACGCAACUACUGUCUUUACACCUGCUGAAACAAAACAAACCAAGAGUACAAACCAACCAGAGUCCGAUUUAACCAGAGCAAAUUGUGCUGGUGUGAAAUAAAUCAGAAAUAUUUAUAUCACUUGCUCAUAAUGUACAAUAUUCUGGAGUCAUGAGGGCGGUCUUACUGUAGACCAGCGUAACUUUAGUUUUGUAAUCUGAAUAUAUGUGUUCAUGAGAAGUGUAUGUAUGUUUAUGUAUAAUAUGUGUGAGUAAAUUGGCUUCACUGGUGGAGAGGUGCUGCCCUCUGCUGUUGGCUGUUCUUUUCUCUCCUCUCUCAGGUUAAAAUGCUCUGGGAGGUGUCAGCUGAUCUCAGAGAGCAUUGUAAUUGGAUGGGGGUAAAAACUAAAAACCACCAAUGACAUACGGUUCAUGACCAUUACAUUUUUGUUUCUUUUUCUUUCUCUCUCUAUCUCUCUUUUUCUCUCUCUCUGUGAGCCAUUAUUGAGUAUGAUAUGCUAAUUCACAUGUUUAUUGAUAAGUGCUAACUGUGUGUACAUUUUGCCUCUUUUUUUUCUGUGACAGUCAAAGUCAUUUGUAUUUUCACCUGUUUAAGCAGAAAGGUGUGAGGGGUAGUGAAAUAUAAUUUUCUUUUCUUUUCUGUAAGUAAGUCUAACAAAGUGUGUUUAGAUAUUUUGUCUGUUAUUUUAAGUCAUCUUGAGUUAUCAAUAUAAAGUUUUUUUGUAUCAGAA